GCGUUUUCCUUCACGUUGCCCGGGUUUGGGAGGAAGAAGCAUCAUCGUAUUCAUCUCCGCACGCUUAGCGGGCCGCCUGGCAUCGAGUCCGAUCCUCAACUCCAGGAUUCUGCAGCGAAGGCAUUCGAAACCAAGAGAAAUGGUAAUCUCUCCGCGGUCGGACUAGGGGGAACACCCGCUCAAAGACCAACCUCCGUCAGCAGCGAGCGCGAGUUGCGCCUAAGACUCCCCCGCCUUCAAACAAAGCAAGGCAUCACAAAGCCCAGAACCCCCACUUCUCCUCCCAUCACCUCGCUGGGAAACGAUUCCAGCACGGAAAUUCGACGGGCAGUCUCUGAUCGGGCUGGGAGUCGAUCCAUGGACCUAGUUUCCGGUCCCGAGAUGGUGUACGAACUGGCAGCCGACUGCCCACCGAACCCGGUCGAAUCGCCUGUUACUCCGUUUGCGCCGCUGGGCCAGAUCAUCUGGCCUCCUGUCUUGCCGGACGAUGUUGUCUACGGGAUCUUGCAACAAUGCGACUCUCUCCCCGACCUGUUCCACCUCGCCAUCAUAAACAACCAGUUCUACCGGGUGUUCAAAUCGCACGAACUCAGCCUCAUCCAAUGUGCAAUAUUCGCCAUGUCGCCCGCUGCGUGGGAACUGCGCGAGAUGAGCCCUCCCUGGGACUACGAGUGGCAGGUCCUCCUCGAUGUGGAUGCCCCCGUCCCCGAAUACACAGCUGCGCUCUACCUGGAUCGCUACACGCAGGAUAUUUACACCCUCGUGAAACUCAAAUCGCUCAUCUUGGCGCGCUGCGGAACCUUCCUCCGCCAGGAAACGAUUCGGGGUCUGGCGGGCAUGGAUGACUCUCGUGCGUCCGAAAUCGAUGAUGCCUUCUGGCGUGUCUGGACAUUCUGUCGCAUUUUCGGGUGCGGGAAGGGUCGAGAGGGCGAUAUUGUCGGGCAGAUGGACUGGCUGAACGGCGGGAUUAUGGCAAUGAGUCGACACACCGCAGUCACCAUGUCCGUCACCGAGCCCUUUGGCAUGCACGAUGUUUUGUUCGAGCCUCCGGAGGGAUUCGGACUCGGAAACAAGGGUGGCCUUUCACAGAGCCAACUCUACGAUAUGACAGAGAUCUGGACCUGUCUUGGGGUACUUCUCCAACCAAUGCACGGGAGAUGCAGCGAGGCACGGAGCGCAGGGGUCUAUGACGGCCACGACGUAGCAGAAGGCGAUGACAAGAAAGCGGAAAACCUGUUAGAGGAAUGGACAUACUACAUCCUCACCCUUGGUCCUUCCGCCGUGCUCGCGCUCGGUUCCAUCACAAACAGCGACAAAGCCACCGAGACCUUCCAAAAAGCUCAAUCGAUGGGCUUGACAACCUGGAAACCGGCUGAUUCCAGCCGCUCCGCCUUCUUCAGAGAGGCCGUAUCGAAAGCCUACAAACCACGAGAUGGCCUGACCCGCCGACGAUCCCCGCAAUCCUCGCAGACCGGUUCAAACAAAUCCAUUCGAUCCUCUUCCUCUCGCGAGAGCUCCCCAACAAACAGCCGGGGCAGUGACCGACAUCCCGCCCUCCGACUCACUCGUCGCAGACAAGCCGCGUACGCCGCCCAGCUCCGUGACCGACGUAACAAACCGCAGCCCCAAACCGAAGUGAUCUUUGCCGAAGAGCGUCCAAUCUCCAGCUUUGGCAUGAUCAUGGAUCGUCUCGCAGGAGUUACACACACAACCCCCCAGCAGCAUCCACCACUCCCUAGAGUGAACGUGAUCCCACCACCACCACCACCACCAGUACAGCCCACCCAAAUCCCUUACCCUGACCCUCCACCAUACAACCCCCCCGCGGCCCAAGGGUACCACCAGCACCAGCCCCCCCAAGUCCGCGACCCCGUCGACAAAGCCAUCGACAUGAUGGUCCGCGAACUAGGCUUCAACGAAGAAGACGCAAAAUGGGCUCUCAAGAUCACAGACACAGGCGAAGGCAUCGAUGCCAACGCGGCCGUGUCGCUGCUCAUGAAAGAAUACCAGAACUCCGAGCAGCGCGCAAGUCGGUUCUCCCUGCACCCGAAACAACCCAGUAUUCUUGAGUCGGUGAUUCAAAGCCAGGAGUCGCUGAAUUCGGGAUGGAGAUGGGCUUAGUUGGCUCUUUUUUUUUUCUGCCUUUCUCCAGUUAUUUAUAUAUAUACAUAUCUAUAUAACUGUCAGCGUUCUUGGUUGUUCUUUUCAGCUCGGUAUUUCAGGAGUUCGAUACCCAAUUUAUGUUAUAUUGCACGCGUAGUCUUUGUAUGAGU